AUGAUUCAUACCACAAGAUUCGAACCAAGUGAUCGAUUACUUGUAGUGGUGGAACGUGGAACUAAUCUUCCUGCAAAGGAUUGGAAUGGACUCAGUGAUCCUUUCGUUAUUCUAAAGUUGAAUGAUUCGUUUGAGAAAAAGACGAAAAUUAUCAAGAAGAAUUUGAAUCCGGUUUGGAAUGAGGAAUUUCUCUUCUUUUCAUUGGGAGGAAGAGAUCCAUUGCAAUUGACAUUUGAAGGAACUAUUUCAAUCCAUUACAAAAUUAUUCGAAAGGAACAGAGAGAAUCAGGAAUGUUUCCUUCCAUUACUCAAGGUAGUGAUGGAAUUGUUGCUGGUGAGAAUGAGAAUGAAAGGAAUUCCUUUUUUAAUUAUGAAUUUUCUCCAACAUUUUGUCCAAGUCUUCCAAUGAAUUUCAAAUUAUUGUCUGUCAAGAAGGAAAAAAAAGUCAUCUGUCAAUGUGAUUUUGAAGGUCCUUUUGAAAAACCUAGAAAUAAUCUCACAAAAGAACCAGGAGUUCUCCAAAUAUGCUAUUUCAAUAUUCCACAAGACAAAUUUUCACAAAUCCACUCUGAAUAUCUAUAUUCCUAUUUUGAUCGAUUGAAACAGUCUACAGAAAUCAUGAAUAGUCAAUUGAUGAUGGAGAAAAUUUCACAUGAACAGGAGAAGGACAUUACCUCUCUCUUCAAGAAGGGAAAAUACUCAAAAGUUCUCGAGCACACUUGUAAGGUCAACACAACAGAUGGCUUACUCACCGUUCUGACCUUCUCGUGUCUUGUUGGGGAUUCCAUGAUGGCCCUCUUUCGAUAUGUCAGUUAUUCGUACGAACAGAGAAUUCGAAUCACCUUAAUAGAAAUUAUGAAACAAUCGAAAAUUGUACCAAUCACGAACAUUACAUGCAAUGGUAUUACUAAUGGAGGUGGUAGUAUUAAUAAUAAUUAUAAUUCACCUCCAUCUCCUACUGUAACAUCUUCAUCAUCAUCUUCAUCUUCAUCACCAUCAUCGGAUAGAGUUAUGGACGUGGGAAGUUUGUCCUCCUUAAUGGAUGAUGAAAAUUGUGCAUUGUGUUCUCCAUCACGACUUUUAUCGAGUAAUAAUGCUAACAGUAGGAAAAAUUCUGCAACCUCUCCUAAAUCACCAAUUAUUGCCCUUUCUCCCUCAUCCAACAAUAAACAUCUUCAUUAA